AUGCUGUCCUAUGAGAGUAUGACUGAGAGACAGCGCCAGUUGUAUGACAGAGUCAAGAAUGCGAGUGGAACGCUCUUACUCGACCCCUACCACGCGAACGACCCCAACCUGCUUGGCGACGCUGAAGCACAGGCGAUUGCUGAGGCACUCAAAGUGAACACGACGCUGAUUGUGCUCAAUCUGGACUAUAAUCAGAUCGGCAAUGCUGGAGCGAAGGCGAUUGCUAAGGCGCUCAAAGUGAACAAGACGGUGAAGGAGAUCUGUCUAUUUUAUAAUUGCAUUGACAAACGUGUUUUUCGAGCGGUCUAUGAGAUACGCAACGGCAAAUGCAGCUCUGAGAAUUUCAUCAACUGCCAGAUCAACCCUCUUGCGUUUUCCUUACUUCCACGAUUUGCGAGUGUUGAGGACAUCCAAGAAGUGUUCCGCAUGCUGACUAGCGGGUUGGAGCUGGAGAAUCAGCCCGCGUCUCUCCCUGCACUACCAACCGAGAUUGCUGAACUCAUCAUGGACGAAGCGCAAUACUGGCAAAGCGCGCAGCACACCAAACGAAGAAAUUUUCAUAUCGAUGAUCCCCGCUGGAUUAUGAAAGUCACUGUGCCUCAAGGAAAUUCAAUCCGUGUGAAAGCAAUUCAAGUGCUUCGUGACUGGAGCGAGCGUCCCGACAACUCCGACGACUGUGUUUUCGAUUUGACUGUCCAGGAUGAACAAGGUGAUGUUCAAUACGAGUGUGCUGUGCACCCGACUUUCGUCAAAUCAAACCUUGCGCUUGCGACAAUCUGGCCUGCGAGUCAUCCCAUCCUCCGCCAAAUGCGCGAGGGUUGGCAAGUUCAAGUUCGAGCCAGCAAGUUUUCCCUCGAUGUGCUAUUUGAAUCGCUUUAUGUCGGAUAUGUCUAA